AUGUCAUCUUCAACGACGAAGCGUCGCCGAGAGGGAUGUCCCGGUCUGCGCCACGGAAUCCGUAAGCACGUGGCACGCCGUCGCGGCCGAUGGCCGAGCAUUACACAGCAUCCCACGCCCUCCCACGCUUCGCAAGGCCUGGUAUGA